CUCUCUGCUCUCUCUACUCCUGCUUCAGUGGAGAUGUCUGGACAUGACCUGGUGUGUUUCGACAAAACGUUUGAAGCAGCUGAAGCUCUUCUCCACAUGGAGUCUCCUGGAGGACUGCACAAUGACCGCAACACAGAGGAUGUAAUGAUGGAGACAGUGGUGGAGGUGUCCACAGAGUGUGGACCAAUAGAGGAGGAGUCCUUCCCCAUCCCUCCUGACUGUGAGCCUGCUGCCAAGAAGAAGAGAGGAGGAGGACGGAAGCCCAAAACAAACCAGCCUGCUUCUAACGGCUCCUUUGACCUGGGGAUCAAGAAGAGGCCGAGGGAGGGCAAAGGCAACACCACCUAUCUGUGGGAGUUCCUACUGGAGCUGCUGCAGGAUAAGAACACCUGUCCAAGGUACAUCAAGUGGAUGCAGAGGGAGAAGGGGAUCUUCAAGCUGGUGGACUCAAAGGCGGUGUCCAAGCUGUGGGGCAAACACAAGAACAAGCCUGACAUGAACUACGAGACCAUGGGCCGAGCCCUGAGGUAUUACUACCAGCGCGGCAUCCUUGCCAAAGUUGAGGGGCAGCGGCUGGCCUACCAGUUCAAAGACAUGCCCAAGAACAUCCGAGUGAUAGAUGACGAGGAGGAUAGAGAUGAGGUGGAGGACAGCGAGGGCGUAGUGUCCAUCCAGCACCCAGCUCAGCAUGGCCCUGCCAGCCUGGGCACCCUCUCCCACGCCGCCCCCCAGCCUCAGCAGACCUACGUCACUGUCCUCCCCGGCGGCGCUGCCAGCAGGCCCAUCAGAGCCAUGCCCUUGGUCAUGAACUCACUUGGUCAGGUGACGUUAAACUCCUCGUCCAUCUUCACCACCACCACGGGGGUCCCGGUAACGUUAGCUAACGCCUCCGGAAGCACCCCCCCUAAACUCGUGAUCCAGACUCUGCCCAGCAUGCUGCCCUCUGGCUCCAAAGCAGGAGAGAAGAUCACCAUCAUCACCAUCCCUGCCAACCAGCUGGCUACGCUCAUGCAGGCCAACUCGCAGGGCCAGCUGACGCAGCUCUUCCAGACCAAACCCCUCGCUACGCAGUUAGCCAGCGCUAAGAUGGCUCCCACGGUGCAGCUGGCAGCAGGCCGACCUACACAGCACCUCAUCCUAGCUAAACCUGCAGCGGUGGCCCAGCAUCUACCCCAGCUCACUCUGCAUGUCAGUCAGCAUCACCUCGCCACACCUAAAACCCCCCCCCAGCCCUCCAAGCCUCCCAGCAGUAAGCCCCAAGCAGAGGCAGCAGCGGAGCCUCCAUCAGCAGACACCAGCUCCUCCUGAGUGUGCCGCCCUCCCUGGGGGGGUGGGAGGCAGGAAGUGACUGUGGACACUGCUGAGGAAGUGCAGGACACCCCCACCCCCCCAUACCCCACCCUACCCCACACAUAGAGCAGAGCUGCUCUCUGAUUGGCUCAGACAUUCAGCCUGACAUUGGUCUCCUGGAGACGCAUCCUGUUACUGUGGAGCUGCCGAACCCACAGAGGAUAAAAGGGACUGUUGAACACACACACACACACACACACACACACACACACACACACACACACACACACACACACACCCACCCACCCUUCGGAGCUCACACCAAAUGGGCCGCCUUAGAUUGUAAAUUAUAACCUUUUUGUAAUGGAAGGUGAUAUAAAAAGCCAGAACAGAAAUGUAAAAAGCAUUUUUGAUACUCAGCGUGUAUCGGACAGACGUAGUAUGAGUUAAUGUCUUUGUUUCCUGUUACUCCACAGCACUGUUUUUUUACUGUCCAUAAAAAGGGAGUGAAAGGAUGUCUGCUUAAAGAAGUAAAUGGUGUGCUCUAUAUCUGAAGUAUAAUAUACUAUUUUUUUCUUGUACUAUCAGCGUAUUGAAGUAGAUUUUACUGCAAAUAUGUAUUAUAAAAAACAAACAAAUGUGAAUUCCAA